AUGGAACUCGACUGUCGAAUUCGGGCCUACCGCUUUGUGGCCUAUGCGGCGGUCACAUUCUCCGUCAUUGCUGUGCUGUCCAUAUGUAUAUCCUUACCGAUGGUCUACAACUAUGUUCAUCAUGUCAGGCGAAGCAUGCGCGGAGAACUGAGUGAUUGCACGGGAACUGCCAAAUCAUUGUGGAGCCAAGUGUACAACAUGAAAUCCCUUGCUUCCCGUAACCGUACUACACGUCAAAUGGGUUACGAUGACAUUGCCAUCGCAAGCGGAGGUGGAAUUUCGGGAGGAGGCUGCGAUAAUUGCUGCUUACCAGGCCCUCCUGGUCCACCAGGACCAGUCGGAUUACCGGGACGGCCAGGGAAACCUGGUGCUCCAGGUGCGCCUGGAAACCCUGGGCGUCCACCACAGCAACCUUGCGAGCCGAUCACGCCUCCACCAUGCAAGCCCUGCCCUCGUGGGCCUCCAGGGCCUCCUGGACCCACUGGUCCACCAGGAGAUCCAGGACAUCAGGGGCCUACUGGACCAGUUGGUCCGGAUGGCCCUGCCGGAGAACCAGGACCACCAGGUCCACAAGGUCCGAAUGGGAAACCAGGAGCUUCAGGAGCACCCGGAAAGCCAGGCGACAAUGCUGCUAAAGAGACUAUUCGUCCCGGUCCCCCUGGUCCUCCAGGGCCACCUGGACCACAAGGACCACCCGGAGCAAUGGGUCAGCCUGGUAGUGCUGGUGCACCAGGACCCCAAGGACCGAAAGGACCACCAGGAAUGGAUGGAGAGAAAGGGGCAGAUGGGUUACCAGGCACUCCUGGACAGGCCGGCACUCCAGGUGAACCGGGAGAGCGUGGAGUUUGUCCGAAAUACUGCGCUAUUGAUGGGGGAGUUUUCUUCGAAGAUGGAACUAGGCGUUAA